AUGUUUAAAGCAAUUUAUGAAGAUCCUAAUAAUUAUCUUACAUGGCCAAAAGUUUUAAUUAUGAAUAAAGGCACUGAAUAUCUAGGUGAGUGUAGAGAUUUAUUACUUAGUCAUGGUGUAAAAAUUAUACAAGCUAAAUCUAAAUGUAGUAUAUCAAUAGCUGAACAUGAUCAUCAAGAAUUUGAGAAACAUGCCUAUAUUUGUCAAGAUGCUGUAGAUUUUUAUUUACCAUUAUUUGAGAGAUGUCGAUCUUGGGUUAAAGCUGUAAAAAAAGCUUUAAAGGCUGAAAAAAUAAUUGCUAAUCCAUCUAUAAACAUCGUAGACCUAUUGGAUUUGAUGAACCUUGAAUUUGGCAGAAGACGCAUAACUGAUAUGAAUUGGUCUCCAAAGGUUUAUCACAUUAAAGAAUCAUUAAUACAAAAAAAUCAACCAGUGUUAUACUGGCUUAUAGAUGAAAAUGAAGAUGGUCCUGAAAGAUCAUUCGUAAGAGGACAAUUAAUGAAAGUUGAACUGAAUAGGUUUGUAGGCAAACCAGCCAUCAGCCAGAAGGUUGCUUUGAACAUUGGAAAGCUAAACCUCGCAUUCCUUGUAAGGUUUGCAGUAAGCCGACUAGCUCUGAACCCAGCCUUUGUAGAAAGCAUUCUGAUAAAAAUUAAUGAAUUACUUCUAGAGCUGUCAGUAAACAAAACUAAAGAAGCAGGAAAGCAGGGUCUACAAAUCGAAGCACUACAGGUAACCAGCACUAUUGCUCCAAUCAUGAGCAAAGAAUCAGAAGAUACUGGAGAUGAAGCUCUGAUUUUCAAGCCUGGUAAUAAGGUUAUGAUCUUUCAAUCCAGAAUCAUUACCUUUGGUAAUAUUCCUAAAGCUCUGAUUGAUUCAGAUGGUGAGAAUAUGGGUAUUGACCUCUUUGAAGAUUAG